GGAGUCACUGGAGAGUGCGCGCGUUCGAUGAACUCCUUCAAACUCUUCUGGACCUAUGUGAUCGUUGCAACAACGUAGGGCACGCACAACGGCCUUUCCUUACAAUCCUUGACGACUCCCUGACGGCCAAAAUGGCGCCUAUAACUAGUGAUAACAUCAAGAGAAAGGCAUCUGAGGAUGCCUCCUCCUCCCGGUCCAAAAAAGCAAGGACCGAAUCUCCGUCACUCGAAGACGGUGAUACCGCAAAGCCAGGAAAGGUGAGACAGUCCAUCUUCUACCCUCACCAGAUGCCAUCCUACCGAACCCCAAUUCGGGCACUUUGUGCCUGAUGACAGCAUGUAUCCCAUCCUUGAACAUAUAUAUCAAGCCUACUCAGCAGUAUCCGAUACUUGGUUCGUUUCCGCCCGGUGAGGACUUGUAACGCGUUCCGACCAACGCGUCUACCCACUCGGAUCUUACCUUGUGCUUUGCUUGUCCGGGGCAUGAGCUUCUCGCGUGCCGCGGAAUUUAUGCUGCGAUGAUGUCCAAUCUAGCAGAACCGCAUGUUAACGAGUUCUAUGCGCAGUCUGCAUCCGACCCCCCGAUCACACCUACGCCUGUCGAUUUUCCCGAGAAGCCGGCCGUUGUUGAAGAAAACCAGGGUCUGAUUGAGUUCAGAGUGGUGAACAAUGACAAUUCAAGAGAAAGUAAUAUCAUCUUGACGGGCCUGAAAUGUAUUUUUCAGAAACAAUUGCCCAAGAUGCCGAAAGAUUAUAUUGCUCGCCUGGUCUAUGACAAGACACAUCUGUCUAUCGCGAUCGUUAAGCAACCACUUGAAGUAGUGGGCGGGAUUACAUACAGACCAUUCGCUUCCCGCAAAUUCGCCGAGAUUGUGUUCUGUGCGAUCUCGUCAGAUCAACAAGUCAAAGGCUACGGAGCACAUCUCAUGGCUCACCUGAAGGAUUAUGUUAAAGCCACUUCUCCUAUUAUGUACUUCCUUACAUAUGCCGACAAUUACGCCAUUGGCUAUUUCAAGAAACAAGGCUUUACAAAAGAGAUCACGUUGGACAGAUCAAUCUGGAUGGGAUAUAUCAAGGACUAUGAGGGUGGCACAAUCAUGCAAUGUAGCAUGCUUCCAAAGAUCCGCUAUCUUCAAGUUCCUCGGAUGCUUCAGAAGCAGAAAGAGGCGGUCAUGGCCAAGAUCAGAGCCGUCAGCAAGUCUCACAUUGUGCAUCCUCCUCCAGCCGCUUGGAAGAAUGGGAUUUGUGAGAUUGACCCGAUGUCCAUUCCAGCAAUUAAAGAAUCAGGCUGGUCUCCUUCCAUGGAUGAGCUUUCGCGGCAACCUCGCCAUGGUCCGAACUACAAUCAACUUCUUCACUUGCUCAACGAUAUGCAAAAUCACACAUCUGCGUGGCCAUUUGCUCAACCAGUCAACAAGGACGAAGUGCCAGACUACUACGAGGUGAUCAAAGAGCCUAUGGACCUGUCGACCAUGGAGGAACGCCUGCAGAAUGAUCUAUAUCCGAGACCGGAAGAUUUCAUCAAGGAUGCGAAACUCAUCUUCGACAACUGUCGUCGCUACAAUAAUGAAACCACGCCAUAUGCAAAGAGUGCGAACAAAUUGGAGAAGUUCAUGUGGCAGCAAAUCAAGAACAUCCCCGAGUGGUCGCACCUGGCUGAAUAGGAGGCGUGUCGGUGAACACGACUCUGAACAUUACUCUUACAUUGCAUUUCUUUUGAUGAUCAUUGGAAGGCGUUGGGUUGUAUGAACUGGGGGUGGUUAUCAUUGGGAGGGGUUGGCAGGCUGGUUUUCUAUCGUGAUACCCCAAAGGCAUGCAUGACCGGGCGAUGCGAGCAUAGCGACGAAGAUAUGAAACGUAUAACGAAUCAUUCACUGGCAUACAUGAAAAGCAGUUAUGGGCAAGAUUAUCUGACAAUGGUACUCUUGUAUUUGCGCGAGCUGUUG